CUGCCACUUUGGCAGACUUCUUUGUGGAUCGUUGUGUGAACUUUCUUCUUCGUGGCAGCACAAAACACAGGAAAAUGGCAGUUAAAAAAGAACAAAAAGAGUCAACAUCGAAGGGUGAAUCAACUUCCAAGAAGGCUUCUGCUAAUCCUCAUUCUCUUGACUUUACAAUUGUUGAUUUUUUUCAGGUUUCAGGCAGCUUUUUGGCGUUGAAUUUUCUUCUUUCGUACUUUUUCACCUCUUCACUUACAUGGGGUUACCAUGGCCAUUACUUGGACUUUAACUAUUACAAAUUCAAAAUUAAUCACUUUAACAGCUAUCUUAACUUAACGGAUUCUGAAUUAGCCUUGUUCAAUGGUUCAGAUCCUAGUUUGCCCAUUUACGUUUCCGUCAACGACAAAAUCUUUGACGUCAGUUCUUCAAGAAAAACCUAUGGUCCUAAGGGAACUUACGGAUUUUUAUCUGGAAAAGAUGUAACUAGGGUAUUUUUAACUGGGUGUAUUGGUAAGAAAGAUGAAUAUACUUAUGAUUUGAGAGGAAUUGAUGAGAACGAAAUAAAAGAGAAAUGGAUUAAUGUUGAAAGAUGGGAAAGCUUUUAUGAGAAAAACCCAAAUUACUGGACUGUUGGGUAUACUAUUCAUGAUAAAGAGCUAACGGGCGAUCCUCCUACUCCUUGCAAAGCUGGUGCAACAGUUCCAAAUAAUGUCUUAAGUCAUCAUGAUAAUUCUGAAAAUCCUCAUGCUUAUGGUGGAAAACCCCAUAAUCCUCAUAAAGAUCACUCUGAUGAAAAAUCACAUCAAGCUGCAGAUUCUAAUAAAGAAGAACUUCACCAUCAUCACAAGAAUGCCCAUAACCCUCAUAAACCGAAUGGAAAUCAUCAUGGAAGUCAUCAUGGAAGUCAUCAUGGAAAUUAUAAUGGAAAUUAUCAUGGAAAUGGUCAACAUCAAUCAUUGAAAGAUGCUUAUCAGAAAAUUCUUCAAAAUAACAACAAUCCAGGAAAAGCAGCUCGCCAUCCUGGGUUUUAAUUUUAUUGUUUUUAAGUAAUUUUUAAAGAUCUUUUCAAAAAAAGUGUAGUAUAUAUUGUGUUUUAUUUAAGUAAUUUUAAUUGAUACUAAGCCAUAUUUAUUUAUUAUUUUAUAAUGUAAAAAUGGAAUGCUGCCAAAAAAAGGAAGUUUAAAAAAAGUAGUUCAAAUUUAAAGAUAGUGUUAAAUUUAUUUCAUAAAAAAAG